AUGCAUAUUGCUCGGCCAGCAGCAGCCAUCAGCAGAGUCAGCAGCAUUAUCAAACCCAGCUCGCGGCCCGACAGCGGCAGCGCCAGCCGGCGGUGGCAAGGAGGCUGGGCGCCGUCGCUGCUGUUGGCGUGGGUGCUGCUGAUUGCGCUCGCCGUUGGCGUGGCGGCACGGCCGUCAGCUGCACGGCCCUGGCUGCUGCUGGGGAGCGCCAUCGCCGCCGACGGCGCCGGCUCCUACAGCGGCGAGGCGCCGCUGCCCCCGGCAUUGGAGGGCUGCGGGCGUAAACUGUUGGAUGAGGCCGCCCCUACCUUCACUGGUUGGUUUGCCAAGAAAUGGACCCGGGUGUUCCCCCAGCAGUGGGCCGCAUACCGCUCGAACCUGCAGCGGUUGCGGCUCGCCAGCGACGAUGACAGCAGCGGCGGCAGCAGCGGCGGCAGCAGCGGCGGCGGCAAAAGCGGGGGCGCGGCCAUCACCGAAGAGCCCAGGGUGCUGGCGCCGCACGUGGCUGCGCUCCUCAGCGGCAGCGAGCUGCUGAACCCUGCCCAGAUGGCCCGCAGCCUCGCAUACAUGGGCGGCGGCCACCGCCUGCGCCGCGUGUUGCGAGACCUCGCAGCCGGCGGCGCAGCCGGCCAGGAUGGCCCCGACGGCCCGCGGCAGCCGGUCAAGAUCGCCGUGCUCGGCGGCAGCAUCAGCUGGGGCAGUGCGGUGACCGGCGGCCACGACGACUGGUUCACCCUCGUGGCCGCGCGGCUGCGGGAGGCGUUCCCACGCGCGAAGGUCGUGGCACGCAAUGGCUGCGUGCCUGCCACGCCAAGCAGCUUCAUGAACAUGUGCCUGGAGAACUAUCUUGACGACGACGUGGACCUUGUUUUCCUGGAGUAUGCUACAAACGACGGCUGGGAUAUCCACAACGAGCCCAAGAAGUUGACUUACGAACGUCUCCUGCGCAAAGUGCUGAACAAGCCGCGCUCGCCCGCGGUCGUUUUGGUGCAGCUGCCAACCGUGGGGCAGGCGUUUGAUGACAGCAACCCCAAACGCGGCGGCUUUGCCCGGACGGUGGAGGACGUGUACAGCGCUUUUGCGGCCUACUACGACACCCCCUACCUGAGUUUCAGGAACGCCAUAUGGCGGCUGGCGCGUCAUCACCAGUACACCAUGAACUUCACAGAGUACUACGGCUACAACUACGAUUUCAUACAUCCCCUGGUGCCCGGCCACAGGGCCAUUGCAGACAUGGUGCUCUACGCGCUGCAGCGCGCCGCCCUUGACCUGGAGACCUCCCCUUGGAGCGAGUGGGACGCGGCCGAGGCGUCGCUCCCCAUACCGGGGCCCAUGUUUGAGGGCAACGUCGAGGAGCGCAACCGCCUCUGCCGCAACGGCGAGGCGCUCUCGGCGGCCGUCGCCGCGCACGCCGGCUGGGAGCUGGUGAAUGAGGGCGCUGGGCUCAAGCAGAAGUGGGGGUUCGUGUCGCACACGCCAGGGGCGGAGCUGGUGAUCGAGCUCAACACCACGCGCGAGACGCGCCCCGAGGAGCCGCGGAUGAGCGUCCAGCUGGCGUACCUCAAGUCGUACAGCGGGAUGGGCGCCGCCGCGGUGCGCUGCGCCAACGGCUGCGAGUGCGACGAGUCCGUCGUGGACGCGCACCACUCGCUGCAGCAGAGCACAAUAUACCUGCUGAGGCUGCGGCCCACGCAGGCGGCGCGGUGCCAGGUACGCAUCAAGGUGCUGGCGCGCUCUACCAGCGGCGGCCACAAAUUCAAGGUGACCGGCCUUAUGGCGAACGAGUAUGUGGGCAACGGCACUGACAUCGUCGACACUAGGCUCAACAAGUGA